AUGAGAGUCACUCGCAAGAUAGACGACACGCCCAAUCGUAUGAUUGGGGAUGUGAACCUGUUUUUGUACCCGUCCGAGGACUGUAACGAUGGCGCAGGGGAACAAGGCAAACACGAGACUGGGGAGAUGGACGCGGUGGGCGAAUUGGAGAUAAUGAUUGCCCGGCCUGACGCACGAGGAAAAGGGCUAGCAAAAGAAGCCCUACAGGCGUUCAUCUGGUACAUAUCUACCUCGCUGCCAGCCAUCCUGGACGAGUACGCGAAGGGAGCCAACAACAGAGACAAGCCCAAAUCUCUGAGCUACCUCCGUGUCAGAAUCGACAAGGGCAACAUCCCGAGCCUCAGUCUGUUCAAAACGUUGGGCUUCAGCCAAGUUAGCGAACCUAAUUACUUUGGGGAAGUGGAGCUACGGUCAGAGAUUGCAAGGCACGGGAUAGACAAAGCUUGUUUGUUGGCAAAAAGCGUCUCGUACGAAGACUGA